UCUGAACAAAAUGGAAGAUUAGCAUUGGAACUGGAUGCUCUAAUCAGGCACUGUAUCACCUCAUGCCAACAUGUCUAGCUCUUACCAAACGUCAUGUAAGUAAGUUCUCCUAUGAAAUUCGUGUGGCAAGGUUGGUUUCCGAUGCCUUCUUACAGUUUCGAGGUUUUGUUGGUCAAUUCUUACCUGGAAGUAGAAUCUCAAAUCAUCUAUACAUGACUAGUUUGUGGUUGUUGUAGAUUUCCUUUGUAUUAUAUUUAUUGUAUUUCUUAAAGUUAAAAAAAAAAAAAUUAUGUUGCAAUUAGUAUAUAUAUAAAUAUAUAUAUAUAUCUAUAUAUAUAAAAAAAAAAAAAUUAUGUUUUAAUAAAUAUAUAUAUAUAUAUAUAUAUAUAUAUAUAUAUAUAUAUAUAUAUAAUAUAUAUAUAUAUAUUUAUAUAUAUAUAUAUAUAUAUAUAUAUGUAUAUAUAUAUAUAUAUAUAUAUAUACAUGGAAAAAAACAAAAUUAUUAAGUAACUUUCAAUUAUAGACUAUCAACAUAAACUAAUUGUCACACACUCAAAUACCCACAUAGUUACAUGGUUACAUACUCGCAUACUCAUAUAAGAACAUACUUACAUGCUACACACUUACGUACCCACAUAGACAUAUAUAUACUCACAUACUCACACAGUUACAUGAGCAUGCAGUCAUAUAGUCACAUAAUUACAUAAUCACAUACUCAUCUACUCACUUUCUUUUAUAUUCACAUUGUCUUAUAAUAAUAUAAUCACAUCGCCACAUAAUCACAUAUUCCCAUAUCAAAUCGUCUCAUACUCAAUUACUUUUGUAUUCCCAUAGUCACAUAAUCACAUAGACACAUACUCACAUACUUGUAUUUUCACAUAGCCACAAAAUCACAUCGUCUCAUACUCACAAAUUCACAUAAUCACAUACUCAUGCACUCAAAAAUGUCAGAUAUUUACAUAGUCAAAAAACUCGCAUAGUGAAAAACUCAAUCGAAUGUCAUACGUGUCGAGCCUCUAAGCUACUUUUAUCAACAGAUGAUUGAUCACAACUCCAAGAUUUACCUGAAGGUGGCAAGGGUCAAAGAAAAAGAGGUGUGAGUGAAUGAACACUCGGAACACCACUAUGAACAUAGACACACUGUACAAGAGCAUGGUUUUAAUUCGUAAGUAGCAAAAGUGAUGUCUAGCGUGAGAACAGAACAUUGUUCUCAUGUACUUUGUGCAUUAAUGCCAUCUCUGAAACGAUAAACGUCCUUUUCGUUUUGUCAAGGGGGUAGGGGUGGGGGGGGGAGGGCAUGAAGUAGCUUGGCAAGCUUGUUGAGUAGUUAUUACUGGAUGCGUUAAAGUACAUAGUAAUUGUGCUCGUUGCAUUACGUACAUUAUAAAAGAAGAAAAAAACAACAAACCAAAUAGACAACCUUCAUCAAAUGCAAGUAGUGAAAAAGAAAUGAGAAAACCCAAAGCAUUUGUAGAAAGAUUUCAAUGAAAUAAACAAGCAUACUCUUAAAGAAGAAGUCUCAUUGAAAAUCAAAAUAUUCCUUUUUCCAAACUACUAUGGAUUGAAAUAAAACUAAAGUCUUGCUAAAACAUCAGUUUCUUUUACUGUAAUAUUUCUAGAAAUAAUCAAUUGUCUUAAUAAGUAUAUUGUCAAGCAACGAGUGUAAAACUUGUUUUUUUUUUAAAAGGAGGUCUAAAUAAUAUAAAAAUAAAUAAUACUUGCUUUUUCUGAAGUGCGUCUCAUGAAACGCUAAAAAGAAAAGAGAGAUUGUUGUGAUACCCUUUUAAACAAUUCAAGCCCAUAUACUUAAUCCCAUUGUUGUUUUUCAACACCGUGGUUCAUGCUCAUAUGUGGACACUAACGGCCUAUUGAACUGUUCAGAUCUGUUCCACUGUCACACGUGCCGAGGACAAAGGCUGACCGUGCAGCCGUACGACCAUCUUCUGUCAGUCACUCAAUGCGAGAGCGGGCUGUUGGAUCAGAAUGACACCUAUCAGUUCAUAGGGACCGUCAACACGAGUGAGGUCGACGUGUCGCAGAGAAGUACUCUAGUGGUGCAGGCACAGGACAGGCACACGAACGAGAACACCACAGUAAGCAGGACAUUGGCUUAAGAACUUAAACUAAAGUAAAGUAAUGAGAAACUAAUAGAUGUUGAAAAAGAACAUCAUGAACACCCUUUAAAACUAGAGCGACAUGAACAUACUUUAAUACUAGAGUAGUGGUUCUCAACCUUCCUAAUGCCGCGAUCCUUUAAUGCAGUUCCUCGUGUUUUGGAGAUCCCGUACCACAAUUUUUUUUCGUUGCUACUUCAUAACUGUUAAGUAUAUGCAUUUUUUGGUGGUGUUGGGCGACCCCUUUGAAAUUGUGGUACAACACCUAAGGGGUCGCGACCAACAGGUUGAGGACCACUGUGCUGGUGUAAAAUAAACACAUGUUAAAAGUAGACUAACAUGAAGUUACUUUAAAAAUAGAUUGACAUUGUCUCUAUUAGCCACGCACUAAACGCAAACUAAUUACGUUAAAAAUAUAAGAAUACGCUACAACAAGUUUGUGGAAUUAUGUAAAUACUUAGAUCCAAUAGGUAAAAUGUAUACCAUUCUACACAUCAUCGUAUAAAAUUAAUCUUGUAUAGUACUCCAUCACUUUCCGCACAUUCUCCACAAACUGAGAACUCUGAUACUUCAAAUUCAAAGUGGUCCAAACUUUUCAGCCACAAACAAAUACCGCACAACACACACCCACACCCCAAUCCGUACUGUUUACAUCCAAAUUUAGCUCCAGCCAACACUGCUCCAUGAGCUCCGCCCCCUCCCCCUACUUUCACCUCUCCCACCAACGACUCGAACUCCUCAGUUCUCUUCCUGGACCUUACACCAUUUUCAGCCCUUUAUCACAGUGUAUCCCAUCAACCACAUGAUACCUAACAGACCUUCCUGUGUGUGAAAGUAAUCUACAUUUUUAUCAUCUAGCUUACGUUUUAAAUUGUGGUUUACAGAUUUGCACACUUGACCUGCUUAGGUCAAGUUGUAAGUACGUCAUUGACUACGUCGUGUGCUGCGUCAAUGACACCGAGGAGACGUUCGAGCUCGAAAUAGUCAUCCGAAAAACUGCAGACUUCACGCUGUCCUGUAACGUCAUCCGACUCAUUUGGCCCUCGUGGAUUCACGGAGUAGCUGACGUCAGCAACGAGGUGCUCAUGCCGAAAAUAUUUCGUAAGUCAACCUUUACGACUUUGGUAAAACUAAUGAGGCGGUGUCAAAAACAGACUAAUCCCUGGUUAAGCAAGGGAACUAUUCAUUAACAGGCUGCGAUACUAUUGACAAGGUUGCUUUCUAUCAUAAUUAUUUAUUUAUUUAUUAAAAUUGUGUCUUAUUGUUUCUUAUUUUGAAAGAAGUUUCCUUUUAAAAACAAUGUGCCAUCACUUAGUCAGAGCUACAAACUAUUCUUACUUUUGGGGAUCUUUCUAUUUUUUGCUACCCCUCGCUCUCAUUGGGGGAUAUGUUUAGAGGGUCAUUUGAUGUUAUAUGUUGUAUGCUUGCAAUAUAUCAAUCGUCACAAUCUGUCAUUCCCGUUUCGAGUUAAAUUUAUAUUUAUAUUUUUACUGUUAAGGAUGCAAUAAAUCCAGAGAGCUAAGUUGAUAAAUAGAUAUUUUUUAAAAAUGGAUUUUUUUUUUAAUAUAUAAUGAUUUGCAUCAACAUUCACCUGAAGAAACGAACUUCCCCUAAUAUAAAUUGUACAAAUGCAUAUUGUUUUUUUAAUAACAUAAACUCUAUAAUUUUUCUUGUCCCCUUCUAACUGAGCAGCGAAGAACUUUAAUUCACAUUUUAUUGGCAAUUAUUUAUUUCAUAUUUUGUAUUUUCUGCUGAAGAAGUUAUUCAGCCAUACAAACAAGUUAUUUGUUCUUUUUUUUUCUUUCUUUCAAACCUAAACAUAUCGUGCUUCGCUUUUUACACGUCUUAAAAGCUGUCCAUCAUAUACUAACAUCAAUGCACUUUGAAAAGUAUGAAGUAAAAAAUGAUUGUUGUUGGUCAUAAAGAAAAGUGUAUGUUGGGUUAAAAAAGUGUAAAUGCAUGCAUAACUUUGUGAAAUUAUUGAAAUUCAAAUGUAAUGAAAUCUGCAGGAUAAUUAAAUAGUGUGACUUUGAUUACCAUUCUGGAAUUGUUUGAAACAAAAUUAGCAGUAUUGAUUUCUGUGGCAGAAUCAAACUUUAAUUUUGUAAUACCUUUAAAAAAAUUAGUGUAUAUGGUCGGUCAAGUCAAAAUAAAGUUUUAUAUUUCCGUCGAAAUCUUUCACCUCUUCCACAUGUUCUUUCUUUUGUUUCCAGGUGAGCCCCACGAGACGCUAACAAUCAACAGUGUUUUAAUCAGCCCCAUCUGUGAAAUCAACCAAAUACUUAGCGGCCUGACCUAUGACCUCGAGUGGUGUGUUACAAACUUGGAGAAGCACGUCCUGCAGAUCUCCUUCAGGGACAGUUCUCUCAACGUGACGACCCAUGACUGCAUUAGAUACCACCUGGAACCCACUGAUAUUCCGGUCAACUCAAGUUUUGAAAUUUCGUACGCUGAAACGGGGGGCUGUAGGAGAAAUAAUUCGUACACAUGCCACUUCAAUGGUAGGUCCAUAUGAAUUGUACACAUGGCAUUUCAAAGUUAGGUCCAUAUCAACUGUGCACAUUCCUUUUAACGGUAGUUCAAAAUCAAUUCUUUACAUGCCCCUUCAACGGUAAGUGUAGAUUAAUUGUACGCAUGUAACUUAAAUGGUAAGUACUUAUCAAUUGUACACAUGCCAAUUAAAUGAUAAGUACUUAUUAAUUGUACACAUGUCACUUAAAUGGUAAGUACUUAUCAAUUGUACACAUGUCACUUAAAUGGUAAGUACUUAUCAAUUGUACACAUGUCACUUAAAUGGUAAGUACUUAUCAAUUGUACACAUGUCACUUAAAUGGUAGGUCAAUAUCAAUUGUACACAUACCACUUCAACAGUAGUUAAAUAUCAAUUGUACACAUUUCACUACAACAGUAGGUUCAUGUCAAAUGUACAAUUACCCCUUAAAAAGUAGGUUCGUAUCAGUUGUACAAUUACCCUUUCAAAAGUAGGACCAUAUCAAAUGUACAAUUACCCCUUUAAAAGAAGUUCCAGAUCAAAUGUACAAUUACCCCUUCAAAAGUAGGUCCAUGUCAAAUGUACGAUGACCUCUUCAAAAGUAUGACCAUAUCAAAUGUACAAUUACCCCUUCAAAAGUUGGUCCAUAUAAAAUGUACAAUGACCUCUUCAAAAGUAGGUCCAUAUCAAAUGUACAAUGACCUCUUCAAAAGUAGGUCCAUAUCAAAUGAAUGUACAAUUACCCUUCCAAAGUAGGUCCAUAUCAAAUGUACAAUUACCCCUUUAAAAGUAGGUCCAUAUCAAAUGUACAAUGACCUCUUCAAAAGUAGGUCCAUAUCAAAUAAAUGUACAAUGACCUCUUCAAAAGUAGGUCCAUAUCAAAUGUACAAUUACCCCUUCAAAAGUAGGUCCAUAUCAAAUGUACAAUUACCCCUUCAAAAGUUGGUCCAUAUCAAAUGUACAAUGACCUUUUCAAAAGUAGGUCCAUAUCAAAUGUACAAUGACCUCUUCAAAAGUAGGGCUAUAUCAAAUGUACAAUGACCUCUUCAAAAGUAGGUCCAUAUUAAAUGUACAAUUACCCUUCAAAAGUAGGUCCAUAUCAAAUGUACAAUGACCUCUUCAAAAGUAGGUCCAUAUCAAAUGAAUGUACAAUGACCUCUUCAAAAGUAGGUCCAUAUCAAAUGUACAAUUACCCCUUCAAAAGUAGGUCCAUAUCAAAUGUACAAUUACCCCUUUAAAAGUUGGUCCAUAUCAAAUGUACAAUGACCUCUUCAAAAGUAGGUCCAUAUCAAAUGUACAAUGACCUCUUCAAAAGUAGGUCCAUAUCAAAUGAAUGUACAAUUACCCCUUAAAAAGUAGGUCCAUAUCAAAUGUACAAUUACCCCUUCAAAAGUAGGUCCAUAUCAAAUGUACAAUGACCUCUUCAAAAGUAGGUCCAUAUCAAAUGAAUGUACAAUGACCUAUUCAAAAGUAGGUCCAUAUCAAAUAUACAAUUACCCCUUCAAAAGUAGGUCCAUAUCAAAUGUACAAUUACCCCUUCAAAAGUAGGUCCAUAUCAAAUGUACAAUUACAAUUUAAUCUAUAGACCCUAAAUAUCGAUUGUAAUUUUCCCUGCUAAUUUCAUAUUUUCCUUUCGGUAAAAAUUCACAUUUAUUUGUAUACAUAUACAUAUAUACUAUUGAAAAAAGCCAGUCUAAUUUUUACAUGGCAACAAGCCUAAUCCUAACGUGACUUUUAUGUUUUGAAAAUUUGGUUUUUCAACAACUGAGCGUUUAUAAAAUUUUAUUUAAGAGGCAAACAUUUAUCUCUUAAGGGAGAACACGUUUAAAAAAUAUCUUCUUUAACAACUGAUUAAAAUUUAUUCUUUUUAUAUAUGUAAAAAACGAUAUAGUACUGAAUGUUAUAAAUGUAUCUCUCUCUCUAAACAUAUACAUUUAUCUUUAUAUUAUCGAGUUAUUAAUGUUUUUAGUAUUUUUGAAAAAAAAAUAUGUCAAUGCUUACAUGUCGUGUAAUCUAUUCAAUAAUUUGAUUACCUGUGUCCUUGUAAUAAGUUUCUAUGAAGUUCUAGAGUAUAAUGUUUAAUGUAUUUAGUGGGAUGAAUUGUGUCCUUCUAACGAAUUACUCUGAAAGUAUAUAACCAUGUGUAAAUGAUUGUUCAUUUUACCCUUUUAAGUCACAAAGUUAGUUUUGGAACCAUACGAUCAAACACACUCUAUCACACAAUGUACAUAUGGGCUGCUAGAGGGUCAAGAUCGUAUGCUGGUCACCGGAUAUCUGAACGCCACAUCAGAAGAACUGAAGGACAGGAACAUAGUAGAGUUUCAGAUUGGUAACUCCAAAAACUCCGAGUUCACAUCAGUGAGUACAUUCAAAGUUUGACCCAUGAGUACUUAAUACAUAAAUUAUCGCUUUUUCAGGGCACCCAUUUGUGUUCUAAUGUAAAGUAAUGAAACACUUGUUUAGCUUAUUAGCCUUUGAUCUGUUUUUCCUUUAAUUUUCAGUCAUGAGUUAAAUGAACGUUUAAAUUUAAAAGAAUGCAUACACGUGUAAAUAUACAGUUAUUGAUGCCAGUGUAAACAUACAAGUAUUGAUACAAGAGUAUAUAUAAAAGUAUUGACACAAGUGCAGAAUUUAAAGGAAGGAUACAAUCUUAAAUAUAAACGUAUUAACACUAGUCUAAUUAUAAAGUUAUUGCUAUUUUUGAAAGUCUUACACGAUAUAAUACUUUAGUAAAUAUAUAUUAAAUAUACAUAGAUCUAUUGAUGUAAAUACGCAUAACUGCAUAUAUUCAGAAAAUCACAUUUAUACGCAUAAUAUAAGAAAUGGAUCCCAUAUUCUAGGUCAUUUAAAAAUUUUUUUUUUAGUUUAACACUGUUUUAAUCUCCAGAUAUGCAGCAUUGAUUUCGAAACUGCAAGGUGCUCUGAUAACAAACAUAACGCAAGUGAUUGCUACUGCCAUCGAGUGAACAAUUACAUGUACCACCUAACUUUAAACACGACAGCCUUAUUAAAUUACAGUCAGAAGGCCAUUCGGCUUUGGUGGGUGGGGAACGACAGUGGCGUCUCCAGCAAUGUCGAGUCGGUGCCGAUCAUACACGUCAAUGGUAAGUUUUCCUCACAGCGGUUAGAUCACAUAGCAAAUUCAAGGUAAACCUUGCAUUUUUUUCCUAUUUAUUUUAGUUAUUGCAUCCUUCCCAUCUGUUACGCACUGGCUUCUAAUAUGAGAAAUAAAUCUCCUAUUUUAAAUUUAUUUGCUCGUUGUUAACAGUGCCUAACAAAAGACGAUACUAUAGAGUCAACAAUAUUAAAGUUACGACACCCACAACGGUUGCUAGUUACACCUAAUAAGAUUUAUUAAGUAUUAAUGUAAUUACAAAAGAAAAGAAAUAUCAUUACAGAUGAUCAACUUACAGUAUGGUAGAUCCUGUACCGGUACACAGUUAACACAGUUAGUACAAUGUGCCAAUGAAUAAUGAUCCAUGAAGAAUGCGAAAAAAAACAUAUAUAAGAACACAAAGAAUAAUAUAUGUCUCGUAAAGUUAAUAAUUUAUAUGUGAAUCUCUCUGAAUCUCCGUCCCUCUGUGCCUGUCAAUAAUUUAUAUAUGUGGGUCUACCGACGCGCAUAGAAACGCAUUUAGUUUUCCAGAACAAAUUGAGAACCUUUGAUAAGACACUAGUAGGUAUAUUAACCAAUGUGUAAUUGGCCGUCAGUUGUAAACAUGAUACAUCAAAGAGUAUUUAAACCACGCCCACAAGAAACACUACCGUCUGCUGGGGUCUAAUUUAGGUCAAAGCAAAGUUCACGCACGGGGAUUGUAUGCUACAUAACACCAUCCCUGUGGCACUCCAGACCAUGUAGGGCUUUAACCCGCCUCACUACUUCCUUCCACACAUAUCUAACUGAUGCUUCAAAAUUCCAUGCUUGGAUAAGCAGCGGCUGUAGAUUAUUUCCCCAAAUCAUCCAUCCAUCUAAGCUAAGGUCUGCUUUGAGUCGUUUUCUGUGGUUUUGGUGGUGUGCCCCCUUCACCCCUCUGUCACUUGGCAUUCUUUCUACGUGUAUUUUAAUUAUUGAAUAAAUUAUUUAAUAGAAUUGUCGUUCUGGUAAGUCUACAAAGAUUGGAAUACUAAGUAUUUAUAAUUUAAACAUUUGCGAUUGCAUUAUAGAUUCUUUAGAGAAAUUAUUGGCCUUCCAGUCGAGUCUGUCUGAUUAUGAGAAUACAAUCCAAUGGAGUCUGUCUGACUAUGAGAGUACAAUCCAAUGGAGUCUGUCUGACUAUGGGAGUACAAUCCAAUGGAGUCUGUCUAUUUAUGAUAGUAAAUUUCAAUGGAGUCUGUCUGAAUAUGAGAGUACAAUCCAAUGGAGUCUGUCUGACUAUGAGAGUUCAAUCCAAUGGAAUCUGUCUGACUAUGAGAGUACAAUCCAAUGGAGUCUGUCUGACUAUGAGAGUACAAUCCAAUGGAGUCUGUCUGACUGUGAGAGUAAACUCACAGUACUGAAAUCAACAUUUUUAAUAUAAAACUGAAAUCAGCUGCGUAUGAGUAGAUAUGCGUGUGUGUUUGUUUAAUAAUGAGGGAUAAGCACUUCAGCCCUUUUGUAAAAACUGUUUAUGCCUAAUAGCAAGUGUUUGCCAUAUACGUUUAUAGGCAGCCGAUGUUAGUUAGUAAUGACUUACACUGAUAUUUCAUGCGUGAUUCAAUGCAGUAAAGACUAACUACUUCUGAUGCAAAUGCGCGCAUUCAAAAAAUCUUAUAAAAUUAUUUUAAAUAUUUUUUUACACUUUUUAAACACAAUGACUUGUUUGAAUGGGAGUCUGCAUGUUGUAAUACAUUAUGUACUAUGUAUUUUUGUUAGCACCAGGUCCAGGUGUUUUGAGAAUAUACCCAAGGGCAUCCAAGUGUUACAAAAAUAGUUAACUGCUCAUUUCCUUGCAACAAUGGUCCUACAGACAGUGCCACACCACAACCGUGGCUCUUUAGACAGUGCCACACCACAACCGUGGCUCUUUAGACAGUGCCACACCACAACCGUGGCUCUUUAGACAGUGCCACACCACAACCGUGGCUCUCUAUUGCUAACAUUAAUAUUCUCAUCAGUAAGUAUAUAUAUGAGAUAUGACAUCUUUGUUUUCAAUCGCCAGCUGGGAAAGAAGUUGUAUUGCAGUUGGACAAACUACUGUUAAACCCUAGGAACUGUAGCCUCGAAUUACUUCACGGGGGCAGCCACACGUUCACUUUCUGUGUCUACAACCUGCUCCACCCGGUCAUCAGGAUCACCAAGUACAAAAAGGACGAUGAGCAGGUCCCGUUCGUCAGAGGCCCCUGCACACACAUGUUGAUAAGGGUGGACAAGCAGCACUUUGGGACCAUGUAUGAAUUUUCUUAUAAAGAGUUGCCCGGAUGUAAUCGUCACGAAAAUUUUACUUGCAGCGUUUCUGGUAGGUGUAACGUUUCCGCAUCAGUUGAUUUUUAUUUAUAAAUGAUACAUGCUUUACGUAUAUAUUUGUACUUGUAUGUAUAGAUUCGCAUGGCUGGUCCGUGUUCAAAUACUUUCAAACUUUGAUGGGUAAUGAACUGGAAUAGAGAGAAUGAAUGGGUGCUGACGAAAGUUUGUGAUCGCGAGUUGUUGAAAGGUUUUACGUGAGCGAGUUGUGGUGGGGCGGGUGAUGCAAGGUCGGUUCAUGGAUUUCGUUGGUGGUAGUAUGCUGAAUGAUUAUUGCAGAGAGAAUGUGCAACUAGUUAGCCAGUAGUGGUAAGCAUGGUCUGAGUGAUCAUUAUAGUGAGAAAGUGCACGUUAGUUAGUCAUUGGAUAUUAGAGUGGUCUGAGUGAUCAUUAUAGUGAGAAAGUGCACGCUAGUUAGUCAUUGGAUAUGAGAGUGGUCUGAGUGAUCAUUAUAGUGAGAAAGUGCACGCUAGUUAGUCAUUGGAUAUGAGAGUGGUCUGUGUGAUCAUUAUAGUGAGAAAGUGCACGCUAGUCAGUCAUUGGAUAUGAGAGUGGUCUGAGUGAUCAUUAUAGUGAGAAAGUGCACGCUUGUAAGUCGGUUGAGAUGAGUGUUGUCUGAGAACAAGAGGCAAAAUAGUGAAGAUAUUUUUUAGAGCGUUUUGUCAACUUGUAGUUGCUGUAAUUAUUAAGGAUAGGGCUUAACCAGAUGCAGAGUUUGCUUUUCGCAGAGUCCGAGUAUUUUGAGGAAAUACACAGUGAAUCCAAUUGUUACAAGACUAAUAACGUGUCAUUUUAAAUAGCUUAUUGUGGCUUUUAAACAAAAGGCCUAUAGACAAAUCCUAAAUCCUACUUGCUGGCCUUUAAAUAAUAGUCCCACAGGCAGUCCACACCAUACAGACAGUCCACACCAUACAGACAGUCCACACCAUACAGACAGUCCACACCAUACAGACUGUCCACACCAUACAGACAGUCCACACCAUACAGACAGUCCACACUAUACAGACAGUCCACACCAUACAGACAGUCCACACCAUACAGACAGUCCACACCAUACAGACAGUCCACACCAUACAGACAGGCCACACCAUACAGACAGUCCACACCAUACAGACAGUCCACACCAUACAGACAGUCCACACCAUACAGACAGUCCACACCAUACAGACAGUCCACACCAUACAGACAGUCCACACCAUACAGACAGUCCACACCAUACAGGCAGUCCACACCAUACAGACAGUCCACACCAUACAGACAGUCCACACCAUACAGACAGUCCACACCACACAGACAGUCCACACCAUACCCCCCGUUGCUCUUCAUUGAUUCAAAAAAAAAUCACCACCAAAAAACGAAAAAUUUAAACGGAUUUCAGACUUGACGCAUGCGCGCUUGUUGCGGAACAGUUUCUUUUGCUCUCUUAGUACUAUCAAUUUAAACCAUGUGGAGUUGGGGGAUGGCCGGUUGUGAAGAGAAAGGAGGAUGCACUAGAAUUAAACUGUAUUAAUAUGUGAAAGAGAUUGCGAUACUUUUAUUUAACGUUGUUUGUUAGCAUUUAAGUGAUGAUCAAGCUAGGCUGUGUCUGCAUUAGAGUGUGGACUAAGCAUAGCAGUGUGCGUAGUAAAUUGUGAAUCAGGCAUCACUGGGUGUGCAGUAAAGAAUGGUCCAAACAUGGCUCUAUUCAUAUAUCAAUACUUACCUGAUAUAUCUUGACAACGUAUACUUUGUUUAUUCUGUCUUCAGAUAUCAACCCUCACAUGGCAUAUCUUGACAUGUGCUAUGAGUAUUCUCUCUUCAGAUGUUCUACCACCUGAUAUUAUUAUUAUUAUUAAUAGCAUUAGUAUUAUUACGGUUCAACGUUUGCAUGCCAAGAUGACUAAGUAUCCGACUCGAAAUAGCAGUCUUGACUUGAGCUGUAUUUUGCUUAACUCUGACCCUUGCCUAUUCGUUCCUAUGGCAAAACUUAAACAAGAUGCUUGGAAAUAGACCAGGAUUUAGCAAAUAUUCAGAUAUCCACACACCUUAUAUACAAUGAUAUGAUAUACUGUAUCUAUUCUAUUUUCAGAUAUCCUUCCUCCCGAGUUAAAAAUUGAACCUGAUUACAGCUUUUUUAUUAUGGUCUUAGUUUUAGUUGGAAUAGUAUCAACGGCUGCCUUUAUAUACUUAGUUAGUAAGUCCGUCUUUUGAUUUUUUCAUCAACUCAAGUUACAUUAUGCUUUUAUGUGGCAAGUACAUUGAAUUAAUCUAUGAUGCUUUCAUAGAAUAUAUGUAUGCAACUAUAAUAUAUAAUUUAUACCUUAAAUUCAGCUAUAUUAUCUAACUAUGUGUAAAGCAUUGUGACAUUUGGAAAUACAAUGUUACAACAAUGUCUUUUUUUUAAAUUUCAUAUAAUAGAAGUGUUUUAUUUAGAAAUUUCAUAUAAUUGAAGUGUCAUACUUGUGAAGUCAAUAUAUUGUAUUCCUGUCGCAUUUAUAAAUUUAACUAUAGUGUCUUAUUUAACAAAAAAAAAAAAAGAAAGAAACGUAGGCUAAACUUAAUAUGCCUGAGAGAUUUGAAGAUUUUAUGGAUAUAAUGCAUUAACAGUAGAAUUACAAGUAGACCAAGUACUAGCAGUAGAAUAACAUGUAGACCGAGUGAGUAUUAGCAGUAGAAUAAAAAAAAUUAGACCAAGCACUAGCAAUUAAAUUACAAGUAGAACAAGUACUAGCAGCUGAAUUACAAGUAGACCGAGUACUAGCAAUAUAAUAUCAAGUAGACCAAGUAAUAGAUGUAGAAUUGCAAGAGGACCAAGUACUAGCAGUAUAAUAACAAGUAGACCAAGUACUAGCAUUCGAAUUACUAAUAGAGAAAGCACUAGCAGCAGUGUGGGUCAUUAAAUGAGUAGUAAAAGAUGCAAUAUUAUUUAGUGGUAAGGAGUGUUUACAAAAAAUAUAAAAUGUAUUAAAACAUUUCAUUAAAAUUAUCACACUAAUCAAAGUUGUUAAAAAAAGUAAGCAUCUUAUUCGAACAAUUUUAUCUUUAAUUUUUGGAAAAGGGCGCCUUACAAACUUACCAUUAAAAUACGUGUCUAUUUAAUGCAGCAGAAUUUUUGGCGUUAAAUUAAUAUACAAUUACGAUAUACAUUUAAAAGUAUGUAAGUUAAAUGAGCGAAGCAAACCAUGGUAAAUAUAUAUAUAUAUAUAUAUAUAUAUUUUGUUCGCUGAAGAAGGCUUCUCGCCGAAACGUUAUUUGUUUUGUUUCGUCCUUUUUAUCAUGUUUUCCCAUAUUUGUUUCGCUCAUUUAUUUAACACAACCUAAUUGUAGUCUCUCCCCUCAUUACAAUCAUAAAUAUUACCAACUAAAAGUAUAACACUUUAAUAUGUCACAAAGUUGUUAAAAAACGUGUACAAAGCAAAGCUAAAUUUAAGCAAUUUUUUAUAACGUGAAAUUGCAUACAUUUUCUAUUUGAUUGAGAAGGUAUUUAACAACUGAGAAAAAAAAAUUACAAAUAAUAAUGUCUCUUUUUUGUCCCAGAGGAGACACUAAGAGUUCGACAUCUGAGAGAAAGUAAGUCAGAUUACAUCUGUACCCCAUCGUUCAAUGUUAAAUGAUUGAUUGUAAAUUCUUAAAUAAGUUCAUAAUUGUUUAUAUACACUAAAUAAGUUAAUAAUUAAUUGCACAUACUAAAUAAGUUCAUAAGUGAUUGUACAUUAUAAAUAAGUUCAUAAUUGAUUGAACUUACUAAAUAAUUUCAUGAAACAGAUUACAUACUAACUACGUUCAUCGUCCACAAUUGAUUAUACAUACAAAAAUGUUCAUAAUAGUGGAACAUAUUUCCUUUGUUUAUUUAUUAAAUGUUAAAUAAUUCAUUUUGCUUAUUUUUGUCAUGUUUUUCCUCCCAUCAUGUUUAUUUUGACAUCAUCUUUAUUAUUGCCAUCAUAUUAAUUCUACCAUCAUAUGUAUUCUGACAUCAUAUUUAUUCUGACAUCUUAUUUACUCUGGCAUCAUAAUUUAUUCUGUGGUCAUAUUUAUUCUGUCAUCAUAUUUAUUCUGCCAUCAUGUUUAUUCUGGCGUCAUGUUAAUACUGCCAUCAUAUUUAUUCCACCAUCAUGUUUAUUCUGUCAUCAUAUUUAUUCUGCCAUCAUGUUUAUUCUGCCAUCAUAUUUAUUCCGCCAUCAUGUUUAUUCUGCCAUCAUAUUUAUUCCGCCAUCAUGUUUAUUCUGCCAUCAUAUUUAUUCUGACCGUCAUAUUUAUGGUCUGACUAAGUUAGUCAUCACUUUUUCACUUGUGUUUAUGGUCUGACUAAGUUAGUAAUCUCCUAAUUACCAUUUUGUUUCAAAAUGUAUCUUUGCGCUGUUGUAUUUAAAAGUGUGUAUAUUUAAUUUCGUCUGCGAAAGUUUGCUCAGCUGAAAUGCGAUAACUAUUAAAUACAAGCAACGCUUUUUAAUGAGACCAACUCAAUGGGUUCAGGGCAAAACAAUUUUCAUAUCGUCUUUCUAUUCACCACACCUUUCUAUCAACCUCAUGUUUUUAUUCACCUCAUAGUUCUCUCCACUUCCUCUUUCUAUCCAUCUCAACUUUUCAUCACCCUAAUCUUUCUAUCCAUCUUAACAUCGAAUCUAUCUCAUUUUUCUAUAAACCACACAUUUUUAUUCAGUUUCAAGAAAAUCCUUAUAGCUCUAACAUGUUAAAUUUCAUUAACACUUGUCAUCUUACUGUUAUCCUUAGCGCAUAGACCCAAAUCAAGACACUGUACAGUCAUUUCGAAGACACCAACCGAUGGUAAAUAAUUGAUAUUUUAGAACCAUACAUCUUUAUUAUCACCCUUUACAUGAACAAAAACGAAGAUGAAAUCUCUAAGAGCGUUCAAAUUUUAGUUAAUUUCACUUUGAUAGAAAAUACCAGAAAUUAAAGAAUAAUAUAAUGUGACAUUAAUAUUAUAUAUAUAUAUAUAUAUAUAUAUAUAUAUAUAUAUAUGUUUGAGUUUAAACUAAAAAAAAAGACAUAAUUUAUAGUUAUUUUUGUAUGAAUGAAACAAUAUAAAAUAUAUAAAUAUCUUAAAUUUAUAGAAAAUAACAAAAAAAAAAAAAAAAUAUAAUGAGACAUAAAUAUUAUAUAUAUAUAUAUAUAUAUAUAUAUAUAUAUAUAUAUGUUUGAGUUUAAACUAAAAAAAAAGGCAUAAUGUAUCGUUAAUUUUGCCUGAAUGAAACAAUAUAAAAUAAGUAAAUGUCUUAAAUUGCUUCAUUUUGCAUUUAUCUAAUCUAUAUUUGCUUAGUGUCAUUCCAAACUGGUUCAUAAUCGUAAAGUAUCAAUGUUCGUUCGCAUCCAUAUAACUGCCUAGUAGUAUUUCCUUAAUUGCUAUUAUAAAUGUCUAGUUUACCUGUCUAACUGUGUCUAGUAUCCCAUGUCUUAUUUCUUUGUUGUUGUUCGUCCGACUAGGACCAUCGGCUCGUCCCGAUGAUUUUGUGACUUUUGCUUAACGUGAGGAAGAGAUGCGCGGAGUCAAACUCACUCUCUCGUCCGGGCCCACCAUUUCCUGGCAAGAAGACCAGAGAUGGGUACGGAUGCAGGAUUUGCCGAAUGGUUUCAUAGUAUUCUCCGGGUUUGUAUUCAGAGUUUCCUUCUCUUGCCGAGAGUCCCAUCCAAUUUUUCCAAGAGCAAACUAAUUCUUCAAGAACUUAUAAAGAACCAAGUUUUUUUUUUAGUUGAAACCAAUUUGUGGCUGACCUACCGAGCCGCAAACAGGUAGCUAAAGAGCCGCAUUCCGCUCGCGAGACACGAUUUGCCUACAGCGGGUUUAGUAUAUCAUAGACAAAAUUCUCGCUAAUUGUGACGAGUAUAUGCUGUUAAAAUGUAUUAAUUAUAUCCUGUUAAAUUGUGUUGUUUAUAUCCUGUUAAAUUGUAAUAUCUAUUACCUCGCAGUGCGUAGUGAGCCCGUGCCAGACUUAGAACACCUUGAUAGUGAGCCCAGUAAAACCACCACACGAAUAUCGUCCGUGGACACAGGAGAAGUGGUCAGCCUUAUCACUAGGACGGCGGCACUGGAAGGCACAGACACGUAAAGCUACCAAUAAACUUUUUGAAUAUUAUGUGUCCAACCUUUCAUGCCAUCUUACCAACAACCCAAAUAACCUCCAACCCUUCUUGUCAUCUUACCAACAACCCAAAAAUCGUCAACCUUCUUAUGUAAUCUUACCAAAAAGCCAAAUAACCUCGAACAUUUUUAUAUAAUCUUACCAGCAACCCCAAAAACCUUCACCUUUUCAUGUAAUCUUACGAACAACCUAACUAAUCUUCUUCCUGUCAUACAAUCUUAUCAACAAGUCAACUAAUCUCUUCUUUUGGCUGUAUUCAUGUCCCUUGUAACUUUUUAUAUAUAUAUAUAUAUACACACAUAAAAAAAUAUAUAUAUAUAUAUAUAUAUAUAUAUAUAUAUAUAUAUAUAUAUAUAUAUAUAUGUAUAAGUUAUAUAAACAGCAAAUUUGCCACAGUAGCCACAAAGUCCAUUUUUGGAUCGGGGACCUCCGGAUUGCACUUACAGCAUUGAAACAGGCUUUUUUAAAAAAUACAAACGAAUUUUACCGUUAACUUUUUGUGAUAUCUUAUCAAAUAAAUACUGAGCAAUUUUUCAUUAAAAAGUAUUUUAUUUAACUAUGGCAAUCGUUUAAAAAUUUAGCGUAUGUAUAAGACCCAAAAUUAUUCAUGACCCUAGGGGUUUUAUUUAACUCGUAUAGCAUGCCUGGAUCACAUAUUAUACACAUUAACAUUAGCCCCCUCUCAAUGAUCGAACGUGUCUCAGCCGAGGAGCUCGUGCUUCUGGCGUUGGUUUAAUCCUAGCUUAACCCCCAUUCCAGUAGAGCGCGUUUGAACCGAGUAGCUCGUGCUUCUGGCAUUUGUUUAAUCCAAGCUUAACGCUAAUUCCAAUAGAACACGUCUCAGCGGAGUAGCUCUUACUUCUGGCAUUGGUUUAAUCCUAGCUUAAUGCCCAUAACAGUAGAACACGUCUCAACCGAGUAGCUCGUGCUUCUGGCAUUGGUUUAAUUCUAGCUUAAUGCCCAUAACAGUAGAACACGUCUCAGCCGAGUAGCUCGUACUUCUGGCAUUGGUUUAAUUCUAGCUUAAUGCCCAUAACAGUAGAACACGUCUCAGCCGAGUAGCUCGUACUUCUGGCAUUGGUUUAAUCCCAGCUAUAACGCUCCAUUCCCAUUUCUUUUACGUCACACAGAUCAAGACUGAGACCCCUAUUUAUAAGUGACAACUUAAUUUCACCAGUAGAACUACUGGCAGAGGAUAAGGACACUUUCCUUAUGUGAUUUUGUGGACGUGUUGCAAUGGGCUGUUAGUACUUUCUCCACGAUCUAUUGGGGCAGUGGUAGGUUUAGUUUUAUUUAAAGAAUGAGAAACUUAUUUAUUUCUCCACGAUCCAUUGGGGCAGUGGUAGGUUUAGUUUUAUUUCGAGCAUUAGAAACGUAUGUAUUUCUUAUAUAUAUUUGGAAGAGAGUAUGAAAAUAUUUCCCCCAGUCUGAAAAUAUUGUAAUGAGUAAUAUAUCAUUAAAACAAAAGUUUUAACGAUCAAUAUAUAUAUAUAUAUAUAUAAAUAUAUAUAUAUAUAUAUACAUAUAUAUAUAUAUAUAGGUCUGCAAUGAGGUAGUGAAGUAUAGAGACACAGUCCAACACGUUAUGUAUAGUCUUGAAACGUGUGGUGUUUUUGCUUUAUAUCUAAACAUAUCAUUUUACACAAUAUAUUGUUAAACAAUAUACUAGCAUAACUGUCAUAAGUAAUCUGAUAAACACAUUUUUAUUCACGGCCAUAAUUUAUAUAUUUAAUACCGGUACCGUGUAAAAGAACUCCGCUUAAUCAUUGUAAUAUGUGUCCUGGCUAUGUCUGACAGUAGGAUUUCUAUUCCACUUCUAGCUAAGAGACAUUACUGAAAAAAAAUCUCAUCCCUCAGGACAUAUGUGUUUAAUAAUGCAUUUACCCGAAAUCGACAUUUUUUUCUGAUGUGGGAAUAAAGACCACAUACCGCUGAUGUCUCUGUGUUACUUUGCUUGAGCGUGUCCAAUUACAUUCAAUAAACUUACUGCCGUUUUAUCUUAGUAAUGGUCGGUCUUAAAAAUAGGUCUUUCUCCUUGGACUUUGUGGGUAUAGUAGAAAGCAGUUAAAUAAGAGCACACAGCUCCUCUGUAUCUUGCACACAUAACUUUCGUUUCCAGUAUUGACAUCUCCUCAGAAAAAAUGUUUCUAUUAUGUUCAACAAUAACUAUAAACCAGUGUUACAUAAUUUCAUCCCUCAUCAAUAACUGGAAUACUCAGCAUUGUGGUGUUAAUGCACAACAAACAAAUAUGUAUUUCAUAUAACAAACAAAAACAUAUUUUAUUUUUUGUGAAAUCAAAGUGUGACAUAAAUUGUAACGAAUAUUGUGACAUCUAGUGCAGCUUAAAUUGUGGUAUCAAUCGUGACAUACAUUGUAUCAUACAUUUUGGCAUAUAUUGUAACAUAAAUUCUUACAUAUAUAAUAGCAAACAUUGAGACAUAUAUUAUAACAUACUUCAGUGUUACAUACAUAAUAAAACAUAUUGUGGCAUACAUUGUGACAUGAUUUGUGGCAUGUAAUUUAGCAUUCAUUUUUAUAUACAUUGAACUUUAAAUAUGUUGAUUUCUUCAUCCCACCUUCAUCCCAUCAUCAUCCAACCUUUACCCCACCAUCAUCAAGCCUUCACCCCACGUUCAUCAAACCAUUAUCCCAACUACAUCCCACCAUCAUCCCAUCAUCAUCCGACCAUUUCUUUUCUUCUUUCAACUCUUUCUUUGUAUUUCAGUGAAAUUUGGUAACAGUUGAAUUAGCUUACAUCUUGCCAUGAUGAGUAAGUAUCAAACUGAGUCUCCUAUGUUCUAAACAAAUUGCUGAUAGAUGUUAAAUAGUCAUUUAUAAUUCCAAAAGAGUUUAAUAACAAAGUUUUAUGUUUCUUGCUUGAUCGUUUUAGAAGCCUGCGAGGAUAAAAUUUGAUAUUAGUAAUGGUCCAUUUCUGAGCUUUGUUAGCUUAUGAUUGUGUCAAACUUAAUGGUUCGAACUUUCUAAAUUGUAUUCUUAUCUGUUUUUUUUGUUUGUUUUUUGUUGUUGUUUUUUUCCUGAAAAUUAAGAAACGUAUAAAUGUAAGAAAAAGCAAAAGUACUAUGUUUUUUUUCUGACAAUAAAUUUUGGUAUUAUAUAUAUAUAAAAUGAAUAUUUAUCUUUCAGUUAGAGGUAUCUCAAUUCAAAGCCUGGAGUCCUAGAUGCCAUCCAAACAAAAAUAAAACCAACAGAGAAAUGUGUGUCAUUUUCCGAGAUAUUAUCGUGGAUAAAAAGAAGUUCAGU